CAUUCCGAUCAAAAACAUCGGCUUUUUUCGAGUACAGAGUGUUGCUUUAGUGGCUGGCAACCAACUCGUCUUUUUCAUCUUUUCCUUUUCUUCCCUUUUAGCUAAGCUUACCCCCAAUUCGUGCGAUCCAUUUUCACACUUUUUUAACCAUUCAAGAUUUUUCUUCUCCUAAAAAGCCUCCACCUUUACUGUCCUCCUUUGUUUGAUUCUUCAUGUUUCACUAAAUCUUGAAUUGGGUUCUUGUCCUUUUCACAUUUAAUUCAAUUCAGCAAUUGGGGUUUCAAGAUAAUUAAGGUACCCAUUUAUUGGUAAAACAAAGAUUUUGCGGAUUUUGAGCUUAGAUCUUGAAAUUUGGUUCCACCCUGUUUAUUUCAAGAAAUCUUGAAACCAUCUCUUUGAUUUCUGGCUGACCCUUGAAUUGUUGUUUAUCUUAGAAAUCAAAAUUAUCAAAUACACCCAUUUUGCAGUGUACUUUAAUCAGUUAAUCUGAUCAAUAAAAACAGGGGAUUUUAGCCUUUAGGUGUUCACAAUGAAGUUUAUGAAACUUGGAUCAAAGCCAGAUUUGUUUCAAUCCAGUGGCGAGAAUACGCGGUAUGUAGCAGCCGAGCUCGCUACCGACGUGGUUGUAAACGUUGGUAACAUCAAGUUUUAUCUGCACAAGUUUCCCCUUUUGUCGAAAAGUGCUCGUUUACAGAACAUGUUAGCGAUUUCAAGCGAAGAAAACACCAACGAACUUGAACUCCACGACAUACCUGGUGGGCCGGGCGCGUUUGAAAUAUGUGCUAAGUUUUGUUACGGUAUGACGGUCACGCUAAACGCAUACAAUGUGGUCUCGGCUAGAUGUGCAGCAGAGUAUUUAGAAAUGAAUGAAAGCGUAGAAAAAGGAAAUCUCGUUUACAAAACCGAAGUCUUUCUGGAUUCGAGCAUUUUCAGAACGUGGAAAGAUUCGAUUAUUGUUUUUCAAACUACAAAAUCGUUUCUUCCGUGGUCUGAAGAACUAAAAGUUGUUCAUCGUUGUUUGGAUUCGAUAUCUUCAAAAGCUUCGAUGGAUCCUUCUAGAGUUGAAUGGUCGUAUACUUAUAAUAGAAAGAAAAUAUCGAAUGAAAAUGGCACUGAAUCGCCUCUUUAUAACGGUGUUAGGAAACAGUUAACGGUUCCGAAAGAUUGGUGGGUUGAAGAUUUGUGUGAUCUUCAUAUCGAUUUGUAUAAAAGAGUCAUAAUAACGAUUAAGGCGAAAGGAAGAGUAAGCCUUGAUGUUGUUAGUGAAUCUUUAAAAGCUUAUUUGCACCGGAAGUUAAAGAAAGGGGAUGAUGUAAAAAACCGUUUGUUGAUUGAAACGAUUCUCUUUUUACUACCAACAGAAAGAAAUAGCGUUUCUUGUGAUCUUUUGAUUCAGUUGUUGCAAGAAUGUGUUCGAUUAGAUUGUGGGGAAACGCAGAAGGAUAUAUUGGUCAAACGGAUUGGUCAACAGCUGCAGAAUGCAUCGGUUGCUGAUCUUGUGAAUGUUGACGUCGAUUUGGUUCAAGAACUCGUGAAAACGUUCGUGAUGCAGGAUCAGGUUGCCGAUCACGGUGAUGAACACGGCUUUCUAGAAGUCAAGUUUGUUGACUCGGGAGCGAAAGUCAAAGUCGCUAAGCUUAUCGAUUUGUACCUCGCUGAAAUUGCUAGAAACCCCGAUUUACCGUUAUUAAAGUUUACCGAUCUUGCAGACAUGGUGUCGACUCUAUCUCGGCCUUCACACGAUGGAAUUUAUCGCGCAAUCGACAUGUUCCUUAAGGAACACCCGGGGAUCAAUAAAACCGAGAGAAAGAAACUAUGCAGAUUAAUGGAUUGUCGAAAAUUAUCAGCAGAGGCUUGCAUGCACGCCAUCCAAAACGAAAGACUCCCGUUACGCGUCGUGGUGCAGAUCCUUUUCUUCGAGCAGAUGCGGGCCAGUGCGACUGGGAGCUCAAGAUCCGCCACUACAAACACAGAAGAAGAAUGGGAUUCGGUGCCAACAAGUGAAGAACUGAAGACGUUAAAAGGGGAAUUAGCGGGUUUAAAGAUAAGCGAAGGUGGGAACAGUAGCCAGAAGUCGAAGGGUAUGCAUCUUAUGUCGUCAAGAAUAUUAUCGAAACUGUUUACUGGCAAAGAUAAGGAUAGUGAUAAUGAGAGUUCGGAUACAUCGGAGAGCCCUUGUUCCACAAGUGCACGUGAAACGAAGACGAAUACGCCUUCGAGGAGUAGGCGGCAUUCGACGUCUUAAUGUGUCUGUAGCAUGAUUGUAUUAAGUUUGUAGAAUUUUAGAAUGUAGCCAUGAUGUUGUUUUGUCAGACAUAUGUUCCAAGUUUUACACGUAUUAUCAAUUUCUAAUCUGAUUUAUAUCAA